AUGAAGGAAUCCCCGUGGUUUGCUACUGUUUUGAGGACUCCACAUAAGAACAAGGGGUUGGAGCCUGAAAAGCCUGUGAUUGGGAUCUUAUCAUUUGAAGUUUCAAGAUUGAUGUGUAAAGUAUCCAAUUUAUGGCAUUGCUUAAGUGAACGGCAGAUGUCACGAUUAAAAGAAGAACUCAGAUAUUCAUUAGGCAUACGUACGCUUAUUUCAGAUGAUCAUGCUUAUCUCACUGAUCUCGCGUUAGCAGAGAUCAUAGAUAACUUAAGGGGUGUGGCUAUAUCAGUGGCUAGGCUCGGGAAAAAGUGCGUGGACCCCAUAUAUCAUAAUCUUGAUCAUGUUUUCAAUAACCCUUUUCAGAUCGGUCUGAAAUGGUGUGGAUGGGAGUAUAGGUUGAAGAAGAUGGAGAAAAGGGUUAAAAAGAUGAAGAGAUUUGCUGCUAUUAUGUCACAGUUGUAUGUAGAACUUGACUUAUUGGAUGAUCGAGAAAGCAAGCUAAAGAGAAUGCAAUCCAACGGUGUGAAUCAAGGACAAUUGCAGGAGUUCCAUCAGAAGGUUAUUUGGCAUCGAGAGGAGGUAAAUGGUUUAAUGGAGAUGUCUCCAUGGGUUCGAACUUAUGACUACACGGUCAGGCUAUUGGUUAGAUCUCUUUUCACAAUAGUCGAUAGGAUCAAGAUCGUUUUUGGAAUAACGGCCAAAAUGGGAUCUUUGGAAGCAAAAGAUUUGCCUCACAAUGGUUGUUUUGUGCGCAAGAAUUCCAUUUCUGCCCUUACCCGAGCUUCAGUCUAUCCAUCCGAAAGUUCUUCUAGGAGAUCCAUGUCGAAUCUUGGAUAUACAACAAGCAGUAAACCUCAAACUUGUUCUCCACCUGUUUUCUGUGGGAGAAACCCGUCAAUUAAAUCGCAAAGAUCGGCUCAUUUUGAAUGCACGACAUCUAGAAUCGACUCUCCAUUCACUGGUUCUUUCAGGGUCAAUGGUAUUUUUCAAAAUUCCACUGUGAACCCCAUCAAGAAAGCCACUUGUGCCUUUGAUUUCAAGAAAUUAUCGUUGAAUGCUCAAGAACCGACCCUUGGUGAUGCUGCUUUAGCGAUACGUUAUGCGAAAAUUAUCAUAUUUAUUGAAACUUUAGCAACGUCUCCUCGCUUUAUGAGUCCUGAUGCACGAGAAGAUUUAUACGAGAUGUUAACCACAAGCAUCAAACAGUCAUUAAGAGCGAAACUCUGCAUUUACUCAAAAAGAGAAGAUUCGUUAGUCAACAAUCCUGGUGUCGCAUCGGAUCAGAUAUCAUCGUUCCAACGAAUUCUUGAUUGGCUAGCUCCACUCGCUCAUAAUAUGAUCAAAUGGCAUUCUGAGAGAAAUUUCGAGAAGCAGCCGAUGGGUUCGGGUGGCAACGUGCUUUUAGUCCAGACUUUGUUCUACGCAGAUCAAGCCACGAGUGAAAUUGCGAUCACGGAACUUCUCAUGGGACUUCAUUACGUCUUGAGGUUUAACCAAGACAUCAUUGACAGAUCUUUCAUGGGGUCUGCAUGA